AGUUUACGCUUUAAUAGACUACAGCGUUUACCAAAAGACAUUUUCAAAAAUCUGAGUACUUUGCAGAAACUGUAAGUAUUAAAGCAUCCUCCGAUUUAUUAUACCUGCUCGUAAUCCCACCUGCACUCAACUGAGAAAGUAAUCCACUUAAGAUUAGCAAAACAGGUCUCUUUUUUGUGUUUUAUAAACUUGAAUCGUGUACUAAUCAGAUCUGUAUUGCCCCAUUUCAUAUAGUGGGUCAUAAACUUAUCUUCUGAUUUAGCAAUCAAUGAAACGAUUAGGGUCUACAACAUACCCUUACUUGUACUAAUUCUGUUGCUUGCUGUGGGCGUAAGCAUCUUUUUCGAACUCUUACUUAUAUACCAUUUUUUGCUACUUUCCUGAGGUCCCUUAAUAAUGUACAUUUUCAAAUUCUUCAGAGAUUUUUCUGGCAACGUGCUAGAGCUUCACACUGAGACGUUCAUGAAUUUAAGGUCCCUCUUAGGACUGUAAGUAUUAUAUUGGCUUCCUUAGCUUCCAAUGAUUUGGAAUUUCCUCACAGUAUUUACCUCUGUAAGGCUAGCUAGGAAGGGUAUUUAUUUAUCAUUAUUAUUUUUUCUGCGUCUUUCUUUCUUAAGUAUAGUUGAGGUGUAUAGUCAUUGUAGUAGAGUUGAUGUGUUUAAAUUCCUGGUAACACAAUUUUUGUUCUAAACAUCCCCAUUCAAUAAAAUACAAAAAAGAAAAGGUAGGUAAGGUAACCCGCCUGUCAAUAUAAUCUCUCAUUUUAAUCUGAACAUUUCUUUUUUCAGAGUUUGUUUCAUGCGCUCUGAUUUUUAAUUACAUGGCUUAGAAACUUCCUGUUAUUCUUUGAACCCAAUUUCAUUAAUUUGCCCAUCAGCGAGUAACGGGGUUUAUGUUUUUACUAGCCAGUUGUUUUCAAUCGCCCUUUAGUGAUUUUUAUAUUCCUUAUUUUGGUUUGUUGUUUUUUUUUAAAGGAAUUUAGGCUCUAAUAGACUGAAGCGUUUACCAAAAGACAUUUUCAAAAAUCUGAGUACUUUGCGGGAACUGUAAGUAUUAAAGCAUCCUCCGAUUUAUUAUACCUGCUCGUAAUCCCACCUGCACUCAACUCAGAAAGCAAUCCACUUAAUUCCAAAACAGGUCUCUUUUUUGUAUUUUGAUAAACUUGAAUUUGAUUCUUAAAUAAUUUCAUGUAUUCCACUUUUUGCACAGUAAAUACUAAAACAUACAAAACAAAUAAAAACUAGACAUAUAUACAUCACGUACACUCGUGACAUUGCUAAUACACACACCCCAGAACAUUUUUCCUGUAUUUACAUAUAAAAUGAUAUAAAUAUAGAUAUGCGGCGACAGAAUCGUGUUUUCAUAUGAUCUGUGUUGCCCCAUUUCAUAUUGUGGGUUAUCGUCUGAUUUAACAAUCAUUGUCACGAUUAGGGUCUACAACAUACCCUUACUUGUGCUAAAUCUAUAGCAUGCGUAGCUGGCGGGAUUAGCGUGGAAGUGCAGUAUUGUUUUGGCGGCGGAGCCAAGAAAAAGUGGGUAUUCAAGUCAAUUGGAAGUCCCGCCUGCCGCAAUUCUUGGGUAUUUUGAAUAGUCCGCAGCCAGGAAUACGGGAGUUUCUAAUUGACUGAGAAGCUGAUAAAACGCCAAUCAAAUGAUAAUUGCUAUCCCUACUAUCUCCCAAGGGAAAGUUAGUGCGUACAUGUGGAAAUGAAUCAAAUCGAGCAAGCUAUAAACCGGCUCCACUCCACUCCACUCCACUCCACUCCAUGGUUUUCACAUGACGUCACUAAAAUUCAAACUAAAAAACUAUCGAUCCUACCGAGAUUUUACUUUCACGAUGAAUUAGAGCAGCUGAAAACUAAUUUUCAUACAAAUUUUCGCUUAAAAAGUAUUCUUGGUUUUGUGAUAAAGUACGCUUGAAUUUCUAGUAAGCCUUUGCGUGACGUGGCAUUUAGAUGACGGCCAAGAGAGCUGUCAUGGAGGUUAGAAAAAUGACUUAUUUCAGGAAAUUUUUGCUAUCUAAACAGUUCAUGUAUUAGAAAAAGUAUUACUUUAAUGUUUAUGAGUUUACAGAGGAAUAAAUUCACGCUUUUGUAGCAAAACUCGGUAAAAGAUGUUUCUCUUGGAUUCCGUCCUUCAUGUUGAAGCUCAUCCAGGUGAGCACCAGCAUGGCGUCUCUAUACAAAUCUCUAUAAGUUUGGGUAAAACAUUUCUUCGGAUAUCUCGUAUACCUCAGUGUCGGUGGCUAGUAGUGGUAUUUACCUCCCCGCUUCGCGGCCUCGGCAAAUUUCACUACUAGCCACCUCCACUUCGGUGAAUAAUUGUUAUCUAUUCCAAUGGUUAUUCGUACAGUAAACACCAAAAAAUACAACGCAAUAGGCCACUCCCGAAUUCCAGUUUAUUUCAUACGCUCUUUUAAUUACACGGUUUGGGAACUUCGUGUUAUUCUGUGAAACCAAUGUCAUUAAUUUGCCUAUCAGUAAGGAACAGGGUUUUUGUUUUUUUUUCUCCUCCUUCUAAAGAUCCCUAGAGCAUAUACAGUCCUAGGUCGUACUAGUCCCCGGCUCGUUUAGAACCGGGGGGACUCCCAUAUGAAAGGGGUCGGGAUGCUCGUCGAAAAUUUUGAAUUAAACCCCUAAAGGAGAUCAAUCUGGGCGUGGCCCAACCUUUUUUAACCCCCAAAACCGAUCAUUUUAAACUUUGAUUACUUGAAUAGAGUAAAUAAAACGAAUUGAACAUAAAUAACUUUUUAAUACUUCUUCGAGUGCAACCCUAAAAGAGACGUUUACGGCUAAAUAUAAUGAUGUUUUGCCCAGAACACCCUAAGCGAGACCAAAAUCUGAAAUUUUCACCCCUAAGCGAGACGACGAGCAUUCCCGCCCCUAUCAAAUGGAAGUCCCUCCCCCCCCCGGUUCAGAACAUGGCUAAUAGGCAAUUAAGGAGGUAGUUGUGAUGAAGAGAGUCGACCGUAAAAGGAACUUUGUAAAAUGCAACUCUGAAAUCUUGUUUUUAAUCUUUCCCAAAAACGUUUCCCAGUUACAUGUACAUUCUCAUCCCCAUAACUGUGCAUUAAAACUGUUUUCAUUUGACAGAAAUCUUGAACGAAAUGAAAUUGAAGACCUACCUGUAGGGACGUUUGGAGCACUAUCCAAGCUACAAAUCCUGUAAGUAGAUCCAUACUGUACUCUAGCGAGUGAUAGAUUCAUGUUUCAGGUCUAAAGCACUUUAUCCUCACUUAUUUAGUGGGAGAAGAAAACAAGUAGAUUAUCAGUUAUCGAGAAAUAUCUUAUACACACUUAAAUAAGCCUUUUUUUCAGAGUUUAUUUCAUGCGCUCUUUUAAUUACAUGGUUUGCGAACUUCGUGUUAUUCUGUGAAUCCAAUUUCAUUAAUUCGCCUAUCAGUAAGGAUGGGGUUCAUGUUUUACUAGGCAAUUGUUUUUAAUCGCCCUUUAGUGAUUUUUAUAUUGCUCAUUUUGGUUUGUUGUUUUUUAAAAGGAGUUUACGCUCUAAUAGACUACAGCGUUUACCAAAAGACAUUUUCAAAAAUCUGAGUACUUUGCAGAAACUGUAA